UUUCUUCUAGUAUUGGAAAGACAAAGCUGAAAGCUCUUUGUCUGGAGUAGUUGAGGCAGACAUUCAUAGGGAUUUAAGCAAAUUAGCUUUGGAUACUAUAGGGGAGACAGCUUUUGGAUAUAAUUUCAAUACACUCAUUUCUGGAGAAAAUAAAGUCAGUCAGGCUGUAGAGCUCAUUUUGUCAGGAAAAAUGAGUGUGGUUGCAAGAGUAUUGAGAAAAUACAUACCAUUCUAUGACAUGAUUCCUUUCCAAGAAAAUGUCCAAUUGAAGGAAGCUGCAGAAGUAAUGAAUAAUUUUGUAAAUGAGAUUAUCAAGAAAAAGCGAGAAGCAUUGAAAAGUGGUGUAGAUCCGAAUGGUGUGGUAUCAAGAGAUUUGCUUGGUAAAAUGAUUCUAUUACAAGAUGAAGAGACAGGCAAAAGAUUAUCAGAUGAAGUGAUUGAAGCUCAAGUUCAUACCUUCAUGGUUGCUGGACAUGAAACGACAAGUGUUUGCCUCACAUGGACAUUGUAUCUUCUGGCAAAACAUCCUGAUGUUCAAGAGAAGGCCAGAAAAGAAGCUACAUCUAUUCUUGCUGGUACUGAUGUGUUCCAAGGGGAACACCUUGAGGGCCUUAAAUAUGUAACAGCUGUCAUAAAGGAAUCCCUUCGCAUCUAUUCCCCUGCAGCAGUCAAUAUGAGGGAAGCAUUGCAGGAUGAUCAACUUGGGGAAUACAGUAUCCCAAAGGGAACAUAUAUCCUGAUUCCUGUUUGUGCUAUUCAUCAUAUAGAGGAGUUUUGGCCAAAUCAUGACAAGUUUAUGCCUGAAAGAUUUCUUUCUGAAGGCACAAAGCAACCUGAAAUGGGUAAUUACAAAUUCAUACCGUUCUCAAAUGGUCCUCGCAAUUGUAUUGGUUGGCGGUUUUCAAUGAUGGAAAUGAAAGUUGUCAUUGCAAAGCUACUGACUACAUUCAAGUUUGAACUGGACCCGAGACAAGAAGAGAUGCAUACCAACUUGGAGCUCACAUUAAAGCCCCAUCCAAAGCCGAUUUUAAGAGUUUCACCCAUUGAUGAGUAAUUCCGAGGUGACAUUUUAUUUUUCUAUAAUGAACUGUCGUCACUGUUGGUAGCCCGCGUAAAUGUUUAGUUCAGUUGUCAUUUGUAUUAUCGAUUAUGCACGCGAAAUUUACACACCAACGUGGAUUCAAAUAAACAUAGAAUUAUAUUUACACAGUAUCACUUUUAGAACAAUUUUUGACAGUAAACCUUUUUCCAGACAGGAAUGGUAGUAAGCCGGAACUUUUUUAACAUUUAGUUUGUAAGUUCCACGUUUUUAAUGUGCUUGCGCAUAAUGUAGUAUUCAAGUUAUUGUAUAUUUACUUGUUUAUAAAAAAAUGAUGAAGCCAAAUUUAAACAUCUUUGGUGAAAAGUUAUGCUUUUUAAGAGAAGGUGAGGCUUUUUAAUUUUUACUGGAAGCAAGCAAGCCUUUGAAUCAUUUGUCUGACUCUUGUCUUUGUUCCUCAUUUGUCAAUGUUCAGCAGUUCUAUUUUUCUAAUUAUCAACAGCAUUCCUCA